UAUGGCAUAUUACGGAGUUGGUUUACCAACUGCUAUAUAAGAAUUGGUUUUUAGAUUUAGAAAUCAUAUUUGUAAAGCUAAUCCAUACUGUACAUUAUCAAGAUUAAAGUAAUAAGAAAGUAAUUAAAUAUUAGAGCAAUAUUUUAAUAAUAUGAUAAAAAUGGUAACGGAAAAUUAAAUCUAGAAGAAUUAGAUAAUCUAUUGAAGAGUGUUGGAAUGUUCUUAAAAAUAAUUGAAUUGCAAGCAUUAAUUAAAUAUUUUGAUAAAGACAGAGAUGGGUUUUUAAGUUUUCAAGAAUUUUUAACUUUUAUUAGAGAAGAAAUGAAUGAAAGAAGAAAAGCUAUGGUACUUAAAGUAUAUGAUAGUUAACAAAAUACUAAAAUUACAUCAGAUUAUUUAAGUAAAAUAAAACAUAUAUAUAUAUAUCUAGGAUAAAUUUAUAAGAUUAACAAUUUAACAGAUGGAAUGAAAACAUUUAUUAAUAAUAUUUGUGUAGGUGAUGAAUUAACUUAUGAAUAAUUUUUGGAAUUUCAUGAAGAACUAUCAUUAAAUAUAGCAUCUGAUGAAACAUUUACAUCUAUUUUAUCUAAAGCAUGGAAUAUUGAUGAAAAGUAAGAAGACACAGCAUUUUAAGAAUAAUUAUAGAAUAGUUUAAAAUAAAUAAAAGAACGAGUUAUAGAAAGAGCAGGUGGUAAAAUUUAUGUUAUGAAUGUUUUUAAAGAAUUUGACACAAAUAAAUCUAAAGAUUUAUCAAUUAGUGAAUUUAUUUUUUUACUCAAAAAAGUAAAGUAUAUAAAUAUACUUUUAGCUUGAAUUAGAUUGGAAUAAGGCUGCAAUCAAUAGAGUUUAUAGAAUUAUGGAUCAAAAUGAUAGUGGUUCAAUAGAAGAAUAGGAAUUCAUUAAUUUUUUUAACAAUUGA